AUGACCGCAAUAAGAAAUGGGAUAAAAAUUAAUGAAGCUAGUCGAGUUUUUAGAAUACCACGAGGAACCCUACAAGAUCGGCUACAUUUAAGAGUCCCAGAAGUACCCCGUAAAAUGGAAUCAGACUCAGUACUUUCUAAAGAAGAAGAGACUGCCUUGAAAGAGUGGUGCAUAGCCUUAGUACAAUGUGGCUUCCCCUUAAAACUCGACGAUCUUCUUAAUACUAUCCAUAAUAAUAUUUCACAAGAGGACACAACUAGACCUAAUCCAUUUGUAAAUAAUAGGUCGGGAAAAAAUGGUAUCAGUCAUUUUUUAGACGAAAUCCUGAGUUAA